GGACGAAAUCGUUGUUUUGCUUCCGUGCGUUGUUUUCCCGCACGCGUCGAGGUUACUACCAUGAGCUUCUCUUAUGCUCCAGAUUUCGUCAUCACGAGGAAACGAAAGCGUCCAAGACAAGCCGUCGACCCAUGUCUUGGUUUCUAUCCAUCUCCGGAAGAGACGUCCAUUCCGAUGCAACAAAUAGAUGAGACAAUGGCGCUAAACGUUCAUGUUAUUGAUAUAAAACCCAGGGUCAUUGCAGUUGAGCGGGUUGAGGUCCCCGGUGUCGAGCAUCAAGUUACAGUUGAAGACUUUCUACGUUGGUCUUCGAGGACACCGGUGAAAACCUACCGCCAGAAGAAGCAACACAGGGUCGUCGACUUGCGUGCUCCUAUCAAGCAUGCAGUCACCCUCUCUACGGACUCUGACGAUUCAUCCACACGCGAGAUGCGUCCUAGCAAGCGUCGGCGAAUGCCUCGCAUUAUCCCUGAUAUUGUAUCGGACGUAGUACCUACUGACCAGGUCAAGCAUAACCGAAUACAGAAGAAUACAAGGCAAUCUUACAAGCGCUCUCGUAUAGACAAGAAUACUCAGUCAUUGCCCACUGGACUUCAUGCUUCUCCAGGUCUUAUCGACGUCGAACCUUCAGAACAUACUGAUGAUGCGCAUAUAUGCACUCUCCGACCUUUGAAUCUUGUCCCCAUGUCUUCUAGCCCUUCUUGCUCGCCUAAACCGAAGAGAUGGCGCCUCGUUGAUCCUCGAAAGACCUCUCUUCAUUCCGAUACUAUUAAUAUCAAUAUGGAAAAUGAAUCCGGUGUAUCACCAUGUACCAAACAGUUCAGACGACUAUCGCUAUGGUCACCCCCAACGCCUGGCUUUGUCUCCGCGUCACCUCUUGUUGCUCAACCCGCUCUAGCUACUAAUGGCAGACAAAGUCACCGCUAUAAAGGGGCUCCCACAGUUAAAGAUCGCCAUGGUGUUGCCCCGCUUGCGUUCAUAUCAUUGGAGGAGCAUGAACGUCUGUUGGCAGAAAGGGCCCCCUCGCUUUACAAUGAGUGCGGCCUAUCUGAUGCAUUGUCAGCAUUCCGUGUCUCAUUUAUUGACCCGUAUCCUAGGCCAGGCGAUGCAUCAGAUACGAUCAAUAGAUCCAGUUCCACACAGACUCGAUUGACUAAAUCUGCCUUGACAACUUCUCGAGUUCCUAAGGCCUCUUCUUACAGUCUUUCUCACUCAGCCUUGUCCACCGUACCUCCACCGGUGGACCCUGACUGCUCGACUGUUAUUACUAUAAAUGUCGACCCUCAGAUUGACGCGGAAGUCAUCCUAGAAGCCUCUACAUCUCUCUCUGCUCACAAAGGCCACCACGUACUGCCUGUUUCUUCUUCCCCUUUGGGCCAGCUUCCCGAUCCAGUCUCGUCGUUACCACCGCAACCCCGUCCAUCCCUUCCUGCAACGCCUGUAACAUUCUCUUCUACCGAUAAACAUAUGAAGCCUUUCGCGUCCUUCUUGGAUCGUUUCCGCGAGACUGCUCGGAUACAAGAAACUCUAGCUUCCUAUUCUGCUCUACCUUCCCACUCGCAGCACGACACCUCUAUACCAACAGAGAGGACAUUAGACGACCUGAAUGCCUUCUCUUCAACUUUAUUCUCAGCUGCCAUGUCUCCGAUUCAACCUACAAUAUUAGAACAUCUGUCUAGCCGACGCCAGAGACCUGUCAUACGUCGACUGUGGGCUCCGGAGACAUUGUAGUUUGUCGUCAUGAUAGUGGUUGGUACGCACUUUGACAAUACAGUAUGCAUCCCCUUCAGUUUGUACGCGCGGUGGUCGAGAACAUCUAAUUUGAAGAUGCCAUUCUCUCUUGGCAACUUUCAAAGGUUAUGUCAUCGUCCGCAGUCCGUAACUGCUGACACCGACGUGUGAACGUUGUCGCGACUCUUAUUCUUUGGUGACAUCCCCUUCCGGAUAGUUGUCUAGAUUAUUCC